AUGAGGGGAGACGCUCCACAAAGAGGCAUGAAGACCACAUGUCUGUGGGCUGCUGCUCUUCUGCUGUCAGUCAUCUCUCUGGUGAGAAAUUCGGACUUGAGAGACAGCUCAAAACCCAAAGUGAAGACCUACUGGACUGAAAGCAGCAAGGCCUUCUCCAUAAGCCGUCUGCUGUCCCAGACACUCUAUGGCAAAGAGAACUUCACCUCUUUGGAUCUGAACUACGACGAAGCAGACUUGUACUCUAAACGGGAGCAGUGGAACUGGCUAUACAACACUUCAAACCCCCGUGAUCCUCGAUCCAGGACAAAAAGGAGACCCAUCGUCAAGACUGGCAAGUUCAAGAAGAUGUUCGGUUGGGGUGAUUUCCAUUCCAACAUCAAGACAGUGAAGCUCAACCUUCUCAUUACCGGUAAAAUCGUGGAUCACGGCAACGGGACAUUCAGCGUCUACUUUCGCCACAACUCGACCGGUCAGGGCAACGUGUCCGUGGGACUCGUUCCGCCGACCAAAGCUGUGGAGUUCCAGGUCCACCAGCAGCACCAGCAGUACCACCACCAUCACCACCAGCAGCAACAGACAGCUCUGGAGACCAAGGACACCAAGCUGUUCAACUGCAGGGUGGAGUACGAGAAGGUGGAGAAGGGCACCAGGAACUCACUGUGUGCCCACGACCCCUCACAGAGCUGCCCACAGGAGCAGACCCAGAGCCACGUGUCCUGGCUGUGCUCCAAGCCCUUUAAAGUCAUCUGCAUCUUCAUCACCUUCUACAGCACUGACUACAAGCUGGUGCAGAAGGUGUGUCCAGAUUACAACUACCACAGUGACACCCCUUACCUGCCCACCGGGUGA